AUUGCAGUUUUUUUUUUUUGUCGAUAUUCUGGAAAUUGAGUUUAAAAUGUGUGUUGGAAAAUAUUGAUUGAUUUGAAAAGAGGAUUUCAGAGCCGUAAGCUCAUGUUUCAUACCAAGGAAAUUCAAUUUUCUCAAUGGAACCACAAAGCAGCAGCUUCAUUAAAUAGAUGGGCGAGGGACGGGGGGCGAUGGCUGCUUACAUGGGCAUGGCAUCAACAUCAAUCACUGCGCAUGUCAGCUCCGAUGGCAACAACAACAACAGCAGCAGAAGCAGAAGCAGCAUCCAGCAGUUGAAGAAGAAGCAGCAGCAGUGAAAGUCACAGCAGCAGAAGCAGCAGAGGGUUUGACUUUGGUUCAGUGUUUGCGUGAGGCUGAAGACGAAGACUUAGAAGCAGAGGCAGAAGAAGAAGCAGUACUAGUCAAAUUAGAAGAAGAAGAGGCAGCAGCACUGGUAGAGAGCGAGAGAAGAGUAUUAGAAGGCAACAACGAGACGACAACGCGAAAGCAUCAAGCAAAAAAAAAGGAAAACAGAAACAGCCAGACACAAAACGAGAACGGACAUUUCUUUUAGCAGUCUCUUCUAAGCGCGCUUCGUGUCAAAAAUAGUGAUUGCAAUAAAUUUUAUUUCAAAUUUUAUCUCGGCUAUAUAAAUAAUACAUAAACAAGAAGAGAACACGGCAACAGCAUCAACUACUCUACAGUCUAUGUAACAUAUCGAUAAACAGAGACAGCAACUGGUGCAUAUCCCCCCCUCUCUCAUCGUCAACAGUUUUGCAGCCCCUGCUCUGCUGCUGUAGUUGGCAGCUCACUGCUGAGUGCAAUGAACUCGUUCGCGGAGUACGCCAAAUAACGACAACAACAACAACAACUACAGAGACAACAACACUCAUGCAUAUUCAUAUGCACGCACACAUACGCAUACGUAUACGUAUACGUGACUAGAGUUUGCAUUUGGGCCGAGUGCAGCGGCAAUAAAAUGGCGGCGACAGCAAGAGCCACAAUGACGAUAACGAUGUCGAUGACGAUGGCAGCGAAGUUGACGACACAUCAAACGACAAACAAAAGCGCCAACAGUUAACUUCACAGCAACAACAUAAAAUUGCAUCUGUAUGCAUGUGAUUGUGUCUGUGUAUGCAUAUGCAUGGAAAUUGCAAAAUUGAAUUUUAAGUCAUGGCCGUUCUCUGCUUUUCGUUUCCGGCAUGCAAAGUAGACAAACUGAAGCAACAGAAACAACAACAGCAACAGCAGCAAAUAAAACCAUAAUUACAACAACAACAACAACGGAGCUGAGCUGAGCGAAGCGAGAAAUAUUCAUAGAAAGGUCAUUGAAACUUGCGCAAUUUGGCAAAUAGGAUACAACACGACAACAACAAGCAAGGAGACAAAAUGGGCAGCCUACCAAAUUUGCAUGAACUCGAGGAGGCGGAACGCAAGCGGGAGAAGCGAAGGGAGUAUGAACUGUUGUUGGAGCAGCGUGUCAUGGACACGAGUCGCGAGCGCGAGCGUCUCUCAAUGUUUGCGCAACAGCGAAAGCAAUCAUCGUAUAAUGCCUAUAUCAUGGCUGGUCUAGGCAUCGGCGGUGGCGGCGGUUCUCUAAGUCUGACCACCACGACAACGACGGGCACAAAUACGACGGCUGUUAACGGACUGGGAGGAGGAGCUGGUGGUAAUGGCAAUGGUGAGCUGAGUAGUGGUCAUGGUACCAAGAAUCAAUCGACUUCGACAGCAGCAGCAGCAGCAGCGACGGCAACAACAACAACCGCAACGGCAACGACAACAGUGGCGACAACCGCAUCGGCAACAACAAUGACAACACUGACUGGCCUUGCCAUGCUGGGAAUGGCUGGCAAAAAGUAUCCGCAUCCGUUCCAUUCACACACGUAUCAGCAUCAGCAUCAACAUCAGCAUUCGCAUCAUCAUGCGCAGCAGCAGCAACAGCAACAACAGCAGCAGCAACAGCAUCAGCAACAACAUCGACACUCGCUGACCACACGACAUCGCGUGCUGCGAACAAGGACGCGCAGCUCGGGUGGAGCCCAGAAUAUCUGGGAUGAGCAAAUGAUGGAGCAUUUGACCGCUUACUCACCAUCGCCGAUCUCGACGCGUUCGCAUCGCAUCAAUCCCGUGUCGUCGUAUCAGGUGCAGGCGGCGCUGGCGGCAUCGCGACGUCGCGAAUCGAUCAACAGCUCGAUUGGGGCGACCUCGAUUCGCCGUCUGAUCACGCUGAACAAUCGCAACUGCCGCCACAAGGUGCCCGCCCAUGUGCGUCAAAAGGUGUGGCGUCAAUUCACCUGCCUGACCAUCGCCCAUGGCUUGAUGAGUGCUGUGCUGCUGCCGGUGAUGGCGUUGCAGGGCUCCAGUUCGGUGUGGCAUCAUCGCGAGCAGUGGCUGCAGAUUGGACCCAACAUUGGAUCGCUGCUGUUGAGUGCACUCUUUCUGCUGGCGGCAGCGAUGUGCUUGCCCAGCACUCGACUCAUUCGACGCUAUGGUUACGCUCCACUGCUGGCCGGCAAUUGUGUGGCCGUCACACUGUUUCUCCUGUCACAUCUCUAUGCCUCGAUCUACACGCUGUUGCCAGCUUACUUGCUGCUCGGCCUCACUUUGAGUGCGGCGAACAGUUGCAAGGCCGCCUUGAUUGUCCACUAUGGCGGCCGAUUGAGUUGCUCGCAACACGAGUGCGCCUUGGGUGCGGCUCAGACGUUGACGGCGGCGUCGUCGGGGACGCCAGCGGAUGCGCUGCACGAGGAGCACAAGAUGUUCUGCAAUCGGGAUCAGAAGGUGCGACGUUUGGCUCGCUGGUUUCGUGCCUCGCAGGAUCUGGGCCUCAUUUUGGGUGCGUUGUUGGCCUCGUUGUUGUUGGCCUGCAAUGCCAACGAUUGGAGCUGCUCGUCGGCCAACGAGGACAAGCAGCAGCAGCAGCUGGGGAAUGCCACAUUGCCGACCAAUCUGCCGCAAUUUGAGGACUUUUACAAUCGCAACGAGCAUGGCGAACGCAUCUGUGGCGCCGACAUGUGUCCGCUACAGCAGUCUCAGCUCAGCUGGACGUCACAGCUGGACAACAACAGCAGCACGACAUCGUCGUCGCCUUCGAUUUAUGCCGGCUUCAUUGAGAGCGGCAGUCGAGCUGGCGGCCAAUCGCUGCUCUGGCUCUAUGUGCUGCUCUCGCUGAUUGCACUGCUCCUCUCUCUGAUCCAGGGUCGACAGGGACUAGCCACUAGCGGUAGACAGGAGCGCGCCGCCAAGGAUGUCACUGAUACGUUGCUCUUUGCCGGACCCUUGGCCUAUUUUGUGGGCACCGAACAGAGCUACAUGCUGGGCGAUUUCUUGCGCGCCUUUGUCUCCUGCUCCUUGGGCAUCGGCAUGAUCGCCGGUGCUCUCAUCGGCAUGGGAUUGAUGCAGCUCAUUGUCUCCUGCACGCUGAGCAUGCUGCUGCGACACACAAAGCGCAUUGUCGUCAUCUUGGCUGGCUUCUUCUUUCACUCGUGUCUGCUGCUGGCGCUGUCCAGCUGGAAGCCGUCGAGCGACGACAGCGCACUCUUCUAUGUGAUAGCCGCAUCGUGGGGCGCCUGCAACGGGAUGUGGGAGACGCUCUUGCUCUCGCUCGUCACCCUCAAUCACGUGCAGCACGAGCAUGUGACGGAGGUGACGGCGCCGCUGCAAGCGCUGCGAUUCCUUGGAUUGGGCGUCACAUUUGCGGCCCACGGAUUUCUCUGCGAAUCGAUGAAGAUCAUAGCGUUGGUGGUGCUGCUGGUGAUCAGUGUGCCCCCGUAUGCGAUGCUCGAGAUGCGCUUGGAGGCGCAGCGCAAGGCGACGUUGAUCAGCUUAUGACGCAGCUAUUUCAGCUAGUCCCGGCGGCGGGGCACUGUGGCCCGCACCCAUACCAUGUGAAAUGGAAUUCGAAUUCGAAAAGCACGCACAGUAUUCCAGGGAGCGAGAGAAGGAGAAGAGAGAAAAAGAGAGAGAGAGCGAAGGCGAAAUUACAGACAGUAUUGUUUUUUUUUUGUUGUUGUCAAGGAUUUGCAGCAGUUAGUCCAUGCUUAGAGAUAGAUCCAAGUCCAUAGCUGUCUACCAUACUGUAUGUAUGUACUUUGUAACUGUAAUUCUUAAUGUAACUGUUAUUCUAUGUAUGUAAUGCUAAUCAGCAAAAGAACAAGUUAACUGCAUCUUCAGAUGUAUCUAGAGAAGCAUUGUCUACAAAUUUGAUGUUGGGAGUUCACUGAGAUCAAACAUAUUACUCAGAGAUUGAAAGAUUGAAAGGUAUAACAACAACAACAGGAGAGAAGAAGUAGAAGAAGAGCAAAGAAACAUAUUCAUAAUACCAGUGCCAUUAAUGUUGUUCCAGAAUCCUUUUGCCUACGUUUGCAAAUCUAAAUUUUGACAAGAGAAAAACUCCAAGACAAGAGAGGGAGAGGUAGAGGUAGAGAGAAUGAAAGAGAGAGUAAGGAUGCUGCUCUCUUUAAUGUUAUGGCAUGCGCUUGGAUAGCAUGUGUUUAAAUUAGCCUUAGCUUAAAAUGGAUUAUACUCGUAGAUGUAUAUGUAUGAUUAAGCGACAACUUUGUGCCAUCAAAAACGUAUUCCUCGAUGUAAAUCUUAACGUAAUAUUCUACACUCAACCAAAAACACACUCAUACAUACACAUUUUUAGAUAUAACCCUAUGCAUGUCUCUAGAUCCUAGAUCCAAAAAUGAUAUUCAAUUGUAUUGUUAUCUCAAUGUCCCUCCCUCGACAUUGAGCCCCAUGACUGAAUACGGACAGCCAAAAACGAAAAACAAAAAAACACAAAAAAAAAAAUGAAAUCGGAAACGAAAACGAAAAACUUAAAAGCUCUGAAAAAGCUGUGAACAAAAUUUUGUUGUUAGCUCCUAGAAAUGUACGAUCUAUGCAUGUGUUUUGGAUGUCACAUCGUUCUACUAACAAUUUUCAUGAUAUACGUACUAUACUCUAAUGUGAAUGUGCGAAUACAGUUUAGCAGUGUUGUCAAAUGUCCUUAGGUUUCGUUUGUUAAAACAGAAGUAAGAAUCCAUAGCCAGUCGAUCGAAGGAAGAGAAGUAUCCAAAGUUUCCUUCCCCGUCCCUUCUCCAUAAUACACACACGCACACACAAAUAUGAUAAACAUAUUGAAAAUGAUAAAGGUGAAAAAUCCUAAGAUCUAAGAACAAUGUUAACAUUUUAUGCUGCUGAUAAAUGAAAUUAAAAUUCAAGUGAAAAACAAAAAAAAAUCGAAAUAAAUUUUUAAAACAAUUUUGUAACUGAAACUUUACAAGCAACAGCUUUCGCAAAUCGAUCAGAUAUUAACUAAUAUAUACACAUAUAAAAACUAUAUUACCAAAGGCAGAGAUAUAUAUACAUAAUAUGGAUAUAUCUAUGCAAAAACAGUUCGUUAUGUUUUUUUUUGUUAGAAUUCGUACACCAGACAGACACAAAUAUAUAAGAUCGAAAUGUUGAAAAUACAAUAGUAAGAAAAAACCGAGUUAAAAAUUAAAUCUUAAAUAUGAGAUAAAUAGUUACUUUAUGAAAUUAAACAGCAAAAUGCUAAGCACAUUCCACUCACAGACACAUACACACAAAUACAGACACAGAGACACACAAUACACAUAAAUAAUUUAUAAAUAAAUAAAUACUUUAUAUGUGUACAAAUUGAAUAAACCGAUUAUCCACAUUGAACUUGUUUGCAAUUCUGCAAUUAAAAUGAGCUUUCAACUUGACAUUUGACGUCAUAUCAGACAGCUUUACACUCACACUCAACACAGCCUCUCACUCUCUCUUUUGAUCUCUCCCAAACAGUAAGAGAGCGAGAGCACAAAGCUGCGCCUCGUCUUAAUUUCUAAACACAGCUUAUUAGACACGCUUGACACCUCGCUCUCCCGCUCUCGCUCGCACUCGCACUCGCUGUUCCCACUCCCACUCUCAAUGCCAUUCACACUCGCGUGCCGGCAACUUAAAAGCUAUAAGGGAGAGAGAGA